AGCCCACCAACUUCACGAACCCAGUGUAUGCCACCCUGUACAUGGGUGCCCACAACAGCCGCAAUUCUCUGGCGAGCACUGAUGAAAAGAAGGAGCUCCUCUCCCAGGUUGACGAGGACAUGAGCGACCCCCUGGCAUAGACCUCGGCAUGGACUGAACUCUGCCAACAUUGCCCUGCCUCGCCCAACCUAGAGCCAGCGAGCUCUCUCAUUUUAUGCCUUUACCAACUGAAAAGAAAAGCAACAAAAAA